AUGAUUGCACGACUGUUGCCUCGCUGUGCAUUGUCGUGGACGUAUCAAUGUUCAUCUUCUUCCCUGCAUUCUGUAUUUUUGAACGCUCGUCUAUUUAGUAACGCUGAUCGCACCAAGCGUGUUGACGUCCAGCUGAACGAGAGCGAACUGACUGAAUCGUUCGUCAAAGGAUCGGGCAAAGGUGGACAAAAAAUCAAUAAGGUGCAAUGUCAAAAGACGCGGUCGUUGGAUGGCAAUCGUCGCGCCGCCCGUAAGUUGCUGCAGCAAAAGUUAGAUGACCAUAUAAACGGGGCAUUAAGCAUGCGUAGCCUAAAAAUUGAUAAGCUUCGGCGUAAGAAGGCUAGUCGUAAGGCAAAAUCUCGUCAAAAGUACGCUAAGAUGAUAAAAAGGGAGGAUGAUGACGAGGGUAGCGAGUUAGAGUCAGAAAGUGAUGAGCUAGAAGAUAGCGAAGAUGACAUGAAAAGCUCACAUUCAUGA